AUGCAGCCUACGAGCUCAAUGAAGGAAGAAUUCCUAAAGAAAUGGCAAAUGGGUAUUCAGAUAUGCGGUCCUUCGAUAGACAACACGAGCGUCUCCGAGAGAAAGAAAGUCAUAAAGCUCUCCGCAGAUGUUGCAAUGGCGUCUCUAAGAAAAGGAACAACUUGUUGGAGUCGAGCCCUUAUCCAAAAAACCGCCACCGAGGACAACUCCCUCGUACGUCAGAUGCUAUCAGGCAUUAAAGCGGAAACGCUAAUCAACAAGACGUUGCCUAAAAAGACUUUGUGUCAUAGAAAGAUCGUGAGGCGAAGCAAGAAGAUCUUGAUGAGGAGGAAUGCGAGAUCAGCGAGCGAGGAGGCUGCCGCAAAAGCUAAGAAGCUCGUUAAGAGAAAGACGCAAGGGUUAAGAAGCGUUGUCCCGGGUGGAGAAUUUAUGAACAAUGACGUCUUGUUGAUACAAGAAACUUUAGAUUACAUUGUGUCGCUUCAGACGCAAGUGAAUGUUAUGAGGAGUAUUGUUGAUGCUACCGAGGCCGGAAUUGAGCGGUAA